AUGUAUUGGACUCUUCUCUUAUUAACUUUUCUGGUUUCGGUGUCUGCAGACACCUGUCCAAAUGGAUUCACACUUUUAGAUGCCACUCAGAAGUGUGUGAAACUUAUUACAACGGCUGCUAAACAUGCAGAUGCGAGUGCCAGUUGUAGUCAAUACGGAGGACAUUUGAUUUCUGUUCAUAAUGCAAUUGAUAACAGAGCAUAUCUCGCUUUGGCGUCUGCUUCCACCACUCCUUAUUGGCUUGGAAUCAAGUGUUCGUUGUCUGGAAGUCCUCAAUCUUGUCUUUGGGAUGAUCAGAGUGGAAAUGCUGGAACUUAUAAUGGAUUUGCUAAUGGUUAUCCACUAGUCGAAGUUGGAAGCUGUGUAUACUCUCCAACUCAAGGCUCAUUCGCUGGAAAAUGGUUGAGUGGAGACUGUGAUACGAUGGUUCUCAACUUCAUCUGUGAGGCCUCAACGAACACUCCAGUCACCGAUACAUGCUCGUUCCAAUACAAUGGAAACUGCUAUUUCCCAACAUUAUCUUCACUCUCUGAGCAGGAAGCUCGAUUCGCUUGCCAACAAGAAUGCGCUGAUCUCGUUUCGAUCCAUUCGGUUGAAGAGAAUAACUAUGUUCAAGCUUUAUUCACAAACAAUGCCCCAUCCUAUAUCAGAAUUGGAGCAAUGACAACUGACCAGAAUGUGAAUACAUGGACUGAUGGAACCAAUUGGGAUUAUUCGAAUGUUGGAUACUCGGACACCAAACUCGGGUACUGCUGGAGUAUGUCCCUCACCAAUGACAUCGUUAGUGCUGGAAAAUGGAUUAGUAGUAAAUGUGAUACUCCAAUUCCAUUCGUCUGCAAGAGAAAAGUCGGGCAGCAAUGUGGAUCUACUGCUGGACCAACUUUGGCUCCAGGACAAUGCAACUCACCACAGUUUUAUGAUAAUUCGGGAACGUUCUACUCUCCAAGUUGGCCAUACAGUUACAUUGGACAACUAACCCCAUGCAGUUAUAUCCUCGACACACCAGUUGGUUCACUUGCUGAAAUUCGAUUCCCAGUGAUGAAUCUCGAUAAUCAAGCAUCCAUCGCCAUUUACAGCAGAAUUGAAGACACGACUCCUCUCGUCGUUCUCCAAGGAAAUAAUGCUGGUAAUCAAUGGUACACUUCCACGACUAACACAAUGAGAGUCGUGUUCCGUCCAUGUGUCAACAACUGUCCAACUGAUGGAGGUGUCUACAGAUGGCAGGCAACCUUCCAGCCAUCCAAUCAAGUUACUCAACCCCCACCGGUUACUGUAACACCAAACCCAAAUAAUCCAUCUGGAUGUAACUCUACGAUUCUCGUGACUCCAGGAUACAUCACUUCUCCAAAUUACCCUGGUUUGUAUCCUAACUUCUUGGAGUGUUUCUACCACUUGUCAACCAAUGGAGGAUAUCGAAUCAAAUUGGAUUUCGGAGCAGUUGAUACUGAACAAUGCUGUGAUAACAUUGUAGUUCGAGAUGGUCCACUUCUAGGAAGUCCAGUGCUUGGAGUUGUUAGUGGAAGCUGGCCUGCACACGCGAAGAUCUUCCAGUCUACUUCCAACUCAAUGUUUGUUUCAUUCACAACAGAUGCAUCUGGACAAGGAAUGGGAUUCAGUGCAACAUUCAAUGCGUAUUGA